AGCGCCGCCCCGGAAGCGCGGGGCCGUUCCGGUGCGGGCGCAGCCAGCUGGCGGAGCAUCACCGAGUCACCGCAGGAAUCGGUCAGGACGGUGUUUCGCUGACCCCAGGGAUCGCUGGUGCAUCAGGCACAGCUGGUGGCGUACAAAUGCUGCGACCUUAAGCUGUUUUUUCCCCCCCCUUCACCAUCUGUGUCCCAGCACAGGAGGGAGCCAUGGUGUGCAUUCCCUGCAUCGUGAUCCCUGUUCUGCUCUGGGUCUACAAGAAGUUUGUGGAGCCCUACAUCUACCCCAUGAUCGCCCCCUUCAUCAAGCGCUUCUGGCCCAAGAGGGCUGUGCAGGAGCCACCAGGCACCAAGCAGGGGCCAGGAGGCAGCACUGGGGACCCUCGGGGACCUGCCAAAGGAGGCCAGGAGGAUGGAUCUGGAAGCCUUAAAUUGGAAAGCAAUGGCAUUGCAAAUGGAAGUGUUGCAGAGAGAUCCACUGCAGUAUAUGACAAGAAAACAGCUUGAAGGAGUUCAUUCCUAAGGAUUUUAUUGCCUCAUGUCCAGUAUGAACUGCUGAUAUUCCUCUCAAUUUGAGACUUUUUUCUUUGCACAUUUUAGCUGAAUAAAAAACUCAAUUGCUUGCAGGAGAGAGUCUUUUUUGCCACUAAAAUGGCAGCUGGCUCAUUUGUUUAUUUAAAAUAUUUGAAAGCUGAUGUUCUUGUAUUUUUCUCGCUGGAACUACUUUUCAUCUGCCUCUGUUUGGUGUGAUUGCAGUUUAGGUUAAAUAACAUAAGAAUAAAUUGUCUAUGGAAGGUAAAUGUAUCUUAGCAUCUUGAUGUCACUAAGUGCUAGUGCAGUACUUGAGGCUUUCACCUUAAAGGCUUUAUCUGUUCUUGAUGAAGAACUGUUUACUGCAUUGUGACAAAAAAAAAAAAAAGCUCGUAAUUUAUCUAUGAAAAUUUAGAUUUUUUCAUGUCAACUCUAUGGAUGAGCUAGAGGAGUUGUGCUACAUACAAAAUUUAUUUAGCUUACUAAAAGCAGAAAGUCUUGAUGUGAUACUUCCCUGAAUUAUUUUCCUUGAACUAUUAUGCCUUUUUUUUUUCCCUGAGGCAUGAUGCAAGAGAAUGUUGCUUUAUGUUCUGUUGUAGUGAUUUAUAAUGGUACAGUUCUGGCUUUAAAAAAAAAAACCCAACAUCCAAUUAAAACCUCUUGCUUGUGGAAUUUUCAUUAUAAUAAACUGGGAUUUUACUUAAAAA